AGAUGUAACUGAAGCUAUGUGUCAAAAAUAGCGGCUUUAUAUUGAUACACCCCUAGACGUAGGUUACUGAGUGGGCCACUUGUUUAUUCUCAUACACCUGUGACUCAUUUGCAAUCACCUGUAGCUUUAAGGGCUGCAUUCCCCGAAUUUUGAAUUUUUGCUUUGAUUGGAGGCUUCAUCCCCCUCCCUCUCCCUCCCUCCCCCUUAAAAAGCAAGAAUACACAACUAGCUAAAUCUUGACUUUCAUAAAAGUCAAUCAGCUUAAAAGAAAUCACCACAAAACAUUGUUAUUGUUUCAUUCCAAAAAAAAAAACAAAAAAAAAAAAACAGAAGACAUCCCUACGCAAGAACUGACAUGUACAAAUAUAGUUUCAUCCCUAUAACAAUUUUCCGCAAGAGAUAAUAGACACUAGUAAUAUAUCACACCGUUAUCGCGUCAAAGAUCUCCUUGAUGGCUUAUUUUCGACCAUAUCUUUUAGUUGUGAUUUUUUGUACAUAUCAGCUACUUCAACAAAUUUCUGCCAGACUGGCUUCGCAAGUAGAGCAGCCUGCAGCGUUGGUUCCAGACUGGCAACAUCCUGAAAAAAAGGAGGAAUUAAUAAAGGGACAAAAUUUUCUUUGCAAAUUAUCUAUUCUUCCAAACACCAGUGCUUUAAUUUGUCAUGUUAGUACAUUUCAUGUUAGUAUGCUUAUACAGCCACUACGUCGCAUCUAUUUAUCAAAGUGAAGUGAAGUGAAGACAAAAAAGUACACACGUGACCAACGUCACUCGUGACAUCCUACGUGACAUUCACACAAUAUAAGCGAUCAACGUAGAUCCUCAUCGUCAACUUGGACACCAUAUACAGGGCUCGUUUCUGUGUAUUGCGUCCCGUGAAUUGAUCAUGAAGACAGAUAUGGGGCUAUUUAUCUCUGCCUUGAUGUUGCUGCUAUAUUCUUAUCAUGCUAACAGCGAGUGUUUGAUGUCUUCUGGUACGAAGUGUAAACCAACGGACCCUGACGUUUAUCGAAAUGUCACUCAAAUUAUCAAGAGUCGCGGGUUUCCUGUGGAAGAACAUGACGUGGUCACCGAGGAUGGAUUCAUAUUAUCCAUGCAAAGAAUCCCACAUGGACGCAACGAGAAGAAAACCAAUGUAAAAAAACCUGUAGUGUUUUUACAGCACGGGCUGCUGGCAGAUUCCUUUUGUUGGGUUCUUAACUGGAACUACAGUGCAAUAGGUUUCAUGCUCGCUGACAAUGGCUUUGAUGUGUGGCUGGGUAACAUCCGGGGUAAUAGGUACUCAAGACGACACGUGAAGUACACGCCCCUUAAUCCAAAAUUCUGGGAUUGGAGUUUUGAAGAAAUGGCCGAUAAAGAUAUACCAGCAAUGAUCAACUACGCCCUCAAAGUAACCGGUCAGGACCAAGUGUUCUACAUAGGACACUCGCAAGGCACCCUAGUCGGGUUUCUUUCCUUCUCAACGAACCCUCAAAUUGCUAAAAAGAUCAAGCUCUACAUCGCUCUCGCCCCAAUCUUUCAUCUAAACCACACGGCUAAAAUCUUGCGCGACGCAGCAUUUGCACUGGGACCAAUACAGGAAGCGCUAUUUCCACUUGGCCCUACGUCAUUUCUACCAGGUGUGUUAAUAAAGCAGCUUAUCAUGCUUGGAUUUUGCGGCGGAAAAUACACCGAGAAGGCGUGUUACCACGUGGUAGAAAGCAUCUUUGGGUAUGACGACCAAGACAUGAACAUGACUAGAGUUCCCGUAAUUUUGGCUCACUUUCCAUCUGGGACGUCAUUCAAGAAUAUCAUUCAUUUUGGGCAGGUGAUUUACUCUGGCCAAACCAGAAGAUUUGAUUAUGGAUACUUUGGAAACCUUCGCCGUUAUGGAAAGCCAAAACCGCCAUUAUACGAUGUCAGUAAGAUAACGAUACCAGUCGUCAUGUAUCUUGGUCAACACGAUACUCUUAGUGUUGAGUCAGACGUUGCUCCAAUCCGAGCACAAAUCCCUGAUGUCGAGUACUAUGAAAUGAUCCCGAACUGGAAUCACGUAGACUUUAUUCAAGGGAUGGAUGCACCUAAGAUACUUUACCCUAAAAUCAUCAAGAUGUUAAGGAGUUAUGCCUAAAUUACUACCGGAAGUUGAGAAUAGACCUCAUUGGAAACACAGUCGCCAUCUUGUUAUAUCGAAAUUAUGUGAUGUCCAAUUAUGUCGAAAUUAUGGGAUAACGAAAUUAUGGGAUGUCGAAAUCAUGGGAUGUCCAAAGUUACUGGGAUGUCGAAAUUAUGGGAUGUUCAAUUAUGUCGAAAUUAUGGUAUGAUCCUAGUCGUACUAAAUCAUAUAACUCUGUCCUUAUAAUUACUUGAUGUGAUCAUUUUAUGAAGCAUUAAGUUGUAUAUUAGACCUCUGAAGCUUUUACAUCAUGUACCGUAUACGCAAUGCAUUGUAGGACAUUUCUUGGACAGAAAAUGGCGGGUUUUGUUUUCUCUAGAAACUAAUCCCACAAUGCAUUGAAAAUCAAGUAAUGACGUAAAAGGCUCAGACGUCUAUUAGUAUGGAUUAGAAUCAUAUACAUGUAGCAUUUUCAAGUCGAAGCUCUGAAUAUUGAUUGUAAGCCGCGUGGCUGCCAAUUGCGCCUUAAACAGCGGUCCGUGUGAAAUGAUCUAUACAUGUGAAGCGCCUGUGAACUCAGAGGAUAUCGGCGCUAUAUAAAUACCACAUAUUACAUAUUAUAUUAUUAUAUUACGCCCGCAUCCUCGUUACCAGGCCCUUAUUUCUUUGUUAGGGUUAAGUGACUGGGACGAGGUUGUUACACCCUCAGUUAAAUGGGAAUUACCUAAUAAUUGACCUUCAGGAAAUAAUCAUAGUAGCUGAAGAACCAGAAGAUGAAAAGAUAGACUCGUACCAAAUCGUUACUCUUUUGUUUGGCAACGUUCGUAGGGGGUGGGGGUAAUUUCUACGUAGGAGUAUCGCCGAUUACACUUAGUUGAAUAGAGUUAGAUAAAAAACGUAAUUUUCACUGAGUAGAGUACAAGAAAUACUCUAUUUUGUUUGAUAUGUAAGACUAUUUUUUAUUGAUUAUUUAUUAUAAUAUUUCUCAGAAAAUAACCCAUGCACAAAUAAUAUAUGAAAAUUGUACAAACGUAUUACAAAUAAAAACUGAUAUGA